UUUCUGUGGUAAUUUCAAAAACAAUAGCCGUUGAGACUUUGUGCCGACGUUGACUUUCGUUUGUUGCUUUACGUAGUAAAAUCCUCCCCACUCACUCCACGCAAAGUACCUUCUGACUACAUGCAAGCCGCCACAUAACGUUGCUUAAUCUUUUUACUCAGAGUCAUUAACCACGUAUUGCUUGUAAUCGAUCCUAAAAGCCAAGUGAAACUACAUUAAAAGUUCUUUAGGAUUUUUAUAUUUCACAUUAAAAUAGUCUUAUGUGGAUCCAACAUAUAUUCACCCGUUAAAUUGUUGGAAAGCUAUUUUAUCUUUUUGGAUUGCUGUUUCUCUUGAGGAUUUUAGUUUUAGUGUGCAUAGUUGGUUCCCAUAAGCUAUGUAUGUGGAAAAUCCUUCUUGGUGGUGGUGUUAUCAAAUUUAGUUCAUUUAAACGAGCUUUGUAUUUAACUGAUCCUAAGGUCGUAUCAAUUUAUUUCCAAUGAAAUGUUUGUCAAAUACGUCUAGAUCCACGUUUGUGUUACUGUUAUUUUGCCCCUUUCAAGACGUCCUUAAUGAUUUAUUGCCCUUUUUCUAGCAGGCUUUUUCUCUGUUGGUCAUUAGGUUUUGGUUGUAUGCAUUUACAGACAACUGGAAGCCAUACUGACUAAAUGUCACCAUUCGCCAAGUAGAUUGUCUGUAACAAAUCCGUGAUAAAAUUCCAAUAUCUUUGUCACUAACGUGUGUAAAUCAAUUGGUUUCCUUACACCCUCUUGUUUCAGUACCGUUCCAUGUAAUUGGUAAUGUUCAAUGGGUGUUAGUCUAGUCACUCGACUGCACUAAUUUUAAUAAUUCUGCUAGUUAUUUGCAGAUUUGAUUAUUCUUUAGUUCGAGUGAGUGCAUUUGUUUCAGUACAUUAGGGAUCCUGGAUACCGGCAGCUAUCAGAUCAUCAGACGGGGCUGGUUGUUUGUAAUUCAAAGAUAACAAAGUGAUAAUUCGAUUUCUAUAAGAUGAAUAUUUCAGAAAUCAUAAGUUAGUUAAUUGGUAGUGUGGACAGCAUGAGAAGACCGAAAUGUAAAACAAGGGAAAAUGGAGAUGAUAAUAAGCAAGACAGGAAUUAGUGUGAUAUGAUAAUUUUCAGUAAAUAUCAUCAUUUUCAUCUUAAUUGUGUCGUGAUAUGGUGAUAAUAGCAUUAGUGUAUUAUGAGACCAACCAAACACAGCUGGCUCAAAUGAGAAAUGGUAAUCCAUGGAUUGGCACGUGUUUGUUAAGUCUCCUCCUAAAGCCGUCCACUGAAGGGGUUGUGGUCACUUCGCCUGGGAAAGCAUUCUAAAUAGGAGCAACUCUUAAUGAGAAAAAGUGAGAGCGUGCCUGGGUUCUUGUUCUUUAAUGUGCAGUUUUUGGUGAGUUGCUUUGAGAAGCGUAGUGGUAAUGUUCUGAUAGGAUACUCGUGUUGGGGUGACUUGGUGUACUUAAUAUAUAUGCCAUUAUCAGGUCGCUUCUUAUUCUCCUGUAGCUCAACGAAAAUAAUCUCAGGUGUUGAAGUCAGUCUUGGUAAGAUUUGUUUUAGACCCGCCACACGUUUGGUUCCCUUUCUCUGUACUUGAUCGAAGAGAUUCAUGUCUCGAAAAAGGGAAGGUGCAAAAAAAUUGUGGACUUCAAGGUAGAGCUGUGUGUACGUUUUGAAGAGAGUUAAGAAUAACUCUGGGGUUACUGUGUUGAGUUGUCUCCGGUUAAAGUGAAGAGUCACGUUUACUUUGCCUGCAUCCUUUCCAUAGUUUUAACUUGUGUCCAAGUUCUCUGUGGUUAAUAGCCCGUGAUCACCCUCUGAGGAGACAAUCGGGGUCGGAUUUCCAUGGCGUAUGCAAGUUCUUUGUGUCGAAUAGGCCAGAAUGUUUAUGACAUGAUAUUUCUACAGGUUAUUUCUUAACUCAUUGUUUGUUUCCCAUUUUAUUGUUGUAAGGUCAGUCGCGGAAAUCUCAACAGAGGUAGAUAGUACAGAAUGGAAUUACCUAUUUCUGGUAUUCUAUCGUCUCUAGUUAUGUAUCAAAGAUUCAGUUUAAGUUAAAGUGGUGGACACGGAGAGCCUACCUAGGGAAGUUGGAAAACACUGGUUCCAAACCAAUAGUCCACAUGGGUUCCAGUAUUCUGAAGGAACAAACGGCAUAUGAACCAAUCGUUGGUCACCGGCUACCAUGGGACUGCAUUUCCUGACAUUGCUCCACUGUCUUAAUGUUCAGACCUUUAGAUCGAAGGCUCCGGGUGUGGCCUCCUAAGAAAACCACCCGCUUCGGUUUGGGCACCUAGGAAGUACUCCAGCCCUCACACAAAUCAAAUGAGAUUUAUGUGGCGCAUAUGUAUCUGGUGCCUUCUUGUACCAAUAUUUAUGUGUUUAAAUAAAAAAAAUAAAGCUGCUAUCACGUCGCACCAGAAACCAUCCUGUUGCUUUAUGAUCGGGAAUAAUUAGGAGGUUAAACACGUGUACUCGUCAGAAAACACUUCAUUUUCAUUCUUACCCUUAAUUUCUAUAGGUGUUUACAAGGAAAUGAAGAAGUUAAUCAAUAGGGAUGAGGCCUCUUCCCAUGGAUCAUACUAAACACUGGAAUAUGUCAAAGUUAGGGGCGACUGUAGUGACAUCGGUUACAUAACCCUUGCAAUUUGUAACGUGUAAAACGUGUCCAUCAAUCUUAAAUUUUCAUCUUAACGAUCAUCCUCGAUUCCCAUAACUUCUUUAUAUAUACAGUGCUGUUUUCUGUACCCCCGAUACGUAUAUGAGAAUAAUCGAUAUGCCCUCUCGAGCCAUUUAAAGUCAGACUAAUCAGUCAUGCGACGCAACUUAUAGAGCGAACUAAGGACACCACCAUCCAGUAGAGAACAUCGUGAAUCACUACAUACACAAAUAGUAUGCGUUACAGGAGAAGCUCAAAGUGUCUAACUGACUGUAAACUGUUACUGUGAACAUUAUUAUUUUUACUGGGUUUUGGAUAUGACUUUUACCCAAACUUCGGACGUAUUUGUUCAUAAUUUUGACCCUGACCUCUCGCUAUUUGAGUCGUAAGUUACGUGUGUACUAGUCGACUAUGCUUCAAAAACGUACCAGGGCAGAAAUCAGACUUUACCAUAUAUGCGCUUGCAACUUUAAGAAUCCAGUAAAUUGUCCAGGCAGUAAGAUCGAGAAUAAAAUAUCCGGAACUUAGGUUUUGUAAAUACUGACUACAAUUAAAAUUGUAUAAUGGAUGAUUAGAUAUCACAAAGAGGGCCGAAAACUGAUAGAAAAAUCGAACUUCACAGGGUGAAAUGGCGAUUUCCACCGUUUUCCAUACUUCAUCUGUUUUAUAAAAUUAAACUUUUCAGCAAAAGGUGAGAGGAUACCUCAGUUCUCGAAGUUGUUUAUUUAACAUCAUAUAAUAAAUUAUAUUCAAUACCUUCUUUGUUUAGUAAAUGUUAAUAUUAUUUUCUCCUUUUCAGACAAUUAUUUGAAUCUAUCUCAGUGUAUUGAAACUAAGGAGACAAAAUCAUUUGACUCCUGAUAAUCUUUAUCUGCAACAGUAAUACUAACAAUUAAGGUGUACAAAACAGAAGGGAACGGAACUUAUUUAUAUUUUCACAAGAAAAGUAGAAAUUAUUUAUUGAAUUUUAGUCAAAAUGACAUUACCUUUGGAACGCAUCUAUAUUGGUAUGUUAGGUGUUGGGACUGUUGGUAAAAGUGCAUUAACAUUGCAAUUUAUGUAUGACGAAUUUGUUGAUGAAUAUGAACCAACAAAAUCGGAUUCUUAUCUGAAAAAAGUUUCUUUAAGAGGAUAUGACGUAGAAGUUUCAGUUCUUGACACAGCCGGUCAAGAAUCAUAUGCCGGUAUAACAGAAACAGCUUAUCGUACUUGUGAUGGAUUCAUUAUUGUAUUUUCAAUAACUGAUUUAGCUUCAUUUUGCGCUGUUAAUGACUUUAUGGAAAAAAUUGCUCUUCUUCGAGAAUUAGGACAUGUUCCAAUUAUACUUGUUGGCAAUAAAGUAGAUUUAGCGAAUCAAAGGAAUGUGUCACAGAGAGAAGCUUUCGAAUAUGCUGCAAGAAAGAAUAUAGAAUACAUUGAAACUUCAGCUAAAACAAAUCACAAUGUUCAACAGGUAUUCUAUAAGAUGGCCAAAGCGGUAGUUGACAUGAAACAUGCAAAUACUCAACCUCAAAUACAACAGAAUAAAUCACGUGAUGACGGUUGUUGCUGCGUUUUAUAAAUCUUGAAACUAAAAAUCAAAAGAAUAGUUUCCAAAAAUCUAAAGAAAAUAUCUAUAUCAUUUAAUGAACAAAUUUUAAAAAAAAUAAUAAGUUGAGAAUGUGCACAUGAAAAUAUUGUUUAUUUAUGUUUAGAAGACUAGAAAGUCUUUGAGUUUUUUUCUAUCAUGCACUGUAACCCCUUUUGCUUGUUUCUUUGUUUAACCCAUCUCUCUUUUUUUUUUUGUACACUUCAAAAUUAUUUAUUUAUUCUGAUGAUGAUGACGAAUUACUUUCAUUUUAAAUUGAUCCUCUUUCUUUUUUCCCCUGGUGUUUUUUUUGUGUGUGUGUUAAGAAUUUCUCAAUUGCUUCUACCAUCUUGUUGUUAUAUCAGUAGUUAUCUUCAAGAAACUAAAAACAAAACAAAACAUAAACAUUACUUGCUGUAAUAGCCUAUCAUAUAAAGUAAUGAAAAAUUGUUUUUAUUUAUAAUGAACUAGACAUUUUUUCAUGUCUCAUUUAAGCUUAUUUCAUAUUUGUUGAAAUCUGUGUAUAUUUGAAUUUAAAAUGUACUACUAAUACUAAUUAUUGAAAGUAGUACAGACAAGACGCUAUGUAUUAUUAUUAUUAUUAUUAUUAUUAUCUAAUCAUGUAUGUAAUAUGAAAGUUUGUUGUUUCUUCUCUUUUGUUUUGUCAUUAUUUAUUCCUUUUUAAUGAAAAUAAAAAUCAAUUCAAUUUUUUGUUUGUUUUAUGAAACCAUGAACCGCCACUUUUUUUCAGUUCAAUUUUUAAAUGAAGGUUGUUUGUUUUUUUAAAUUCGAACUAAUUCAUUAAUAAUAAUAGAUCAUUCACAUGUAAUACACAAUUGUAACGUACCGUAUUCUUUUGUUUGUUUGUUUUUUUUUAAUAUAAAAAAAGACUAUUUUUCAAACGGUGUUGUUUUUGAAGGUGCUUUCGCUUUUUAUGAUGAUUUAACAUUUACCUCGUUUCAUAUAUUCUAAUUAUAAGUUAGCUAACUGAUUAUACUUUUAAAAAGUGAACUGCAUUUUCAUUCAUUAUCAGUAUGUAUUUUGUAUGUGUAUUUUUUUUGAAUGAAAUUUAUUUGUUUCUAUCAGAAAAAAAUUAAUGAAAUUGCAUAAUAAUAAUAAUUAAUGGACUGAUUGGUUUAUAAACAUUUUUUUCCCAUUAACAAACUAACUAUUACUAACCAAAUAACUGAUUAUUAAAGUGUUGAAAUUUAUAAAAAUCUAUUUUGUUUAGCUUUAGAAUGAUUCAAGUUCCAUUGAAUGGUCAUCAGAUAGGAUUAAGCAUGCAAAUUUAAAUCACCAUGUGAUAAGCAUUUCAUCAUUUAAAUCAUUUCAAUUCAUAAGAACGUUUGUCCAAAUUUUGAACGAAUAGUUUCACAGUAUUUGGGUGCCGAGUUAAUGUGAAACAUUAAAGAGGAAGAAUGUAUUUGUUAAAUCCUCGGCGAAAGAAUUUGAAUUAAAUCCAACGUUUCGCCUGGCAAUCUGGUCUAAGCUUUUUCAAGGAAAAUAUAAUCAAAC